AUGAGGUCCAUUGUUGCAACACAGCUGCGACAAAGGUACGUGCUGUUCGUUAUUCUUAUUCUCCCCUUCGUUCAGCAAAUAAGUACGUCAGUGUCACAUUAUUCCAUACCCGAGGAAAUGAAAGCGGGAACCGUUGUUGCCAACCUUGCUACGGAUUUGGGACUGGAUGUUAAAACACUGAACAAGAGGAAGAUGCGUCUGGACAUUAUUUCCAACAAAAAAUAUCUGGACGUGAACAAAGAAACUGGCGAGUUAUACAUUGUGGAGAAAAUUGACAGGGAACAUAUUUGCAAUACUAAGUCGUCGGCAUCUUGCUAUCUGAGACUUGAGGUGACUUUAGAAAAUCCUGUGCGAAUAUUUAAUAUUGAAGUGGAAAUAAUAGAUAUAAACGACAACGCCCCUCAAUUUAGACGGGAAGCCAUUCACUUGGAUAUAUCCGAGUCAACACCCAAAGGAGAAAGAUUCUCUCUAAGCAAUGCUGUCGAUCCUGAUGUUGGUAGUAAUACAGUUAAAACAUAUCACCUUAGUGAAAGUGAGCAUUUUAGUAUUGAAGUGCAGACGGGGAGGGAGGGAACAAAAUUCGCAGAUUUGAUACUAAAUAGGGGUUUAGACCGAGAGCAGCAAGCUGUGCACAAUUUAGUACUAACAGCAGUAGAUGGCGGCAAACCUCCACGUUCUGGGACUGCCAAAAUUAUUGUUCAGGUAUUGGACACGAAUGAUAACGCCCCUUUGUUUGAUAAAUCUGUUUAUAAUGUUAGAAUAAUGGAGAAUUCCCCAAUUGGAAGCAUUGUCAUUGAUUUAAAUGCCACAGACUUGGAUGAAGGCUCCAAUUCUGAUUUAACAUAUUCUUAUAGUUUAUAUACACCAGAGAAAACACAGGAAACUUUUCAUUUGAAUCCUUCUUCUGGUGAAAUUACAGUUAAAGGCAUGUUGAAUUAUGAAGACUUUAAAAUUUAUGAUAUGGAAGUUAUUGCAGCAGACAAAGGAGUCAAUAGUUUAUCAGGACUGUGUACAAUCAAAAUUUUAGUCGAGGACAUGAAUGAUAAUCAUCCAGAAAUAUCUAUUAAAUCUUUCCAAAGUCCAAUCAGUGAGAAUAUUGAUGUCGAAACAGUGAUAGCAGUGGUCAGUGUGAGUGAUAAGGAUUCGGGAGACAAUGGAGUGGUGGACCUUCACAUUCCACAAAAUAUGCCAUUCAAACUGAGGGAGUCUGCUGACAACUAUUAUAAGUUAGUUGUGUCAAAGCCAUUAGACCGUGAGAGGGUUCCAGAAUAUGACAUCACGUUCACUGUGACAGACAGAGGCUCCCCUCCUUUAAGUGACAAUGAAACAAUGACUUUACAGCUGCUGGAUGUGAAUGACAAUGUGCCACAAUUCCCUCAGUCUUUUUAUACCAUACGUGUGAUGGAGAAUAAUGCUCCAGGUGCUUUGCUCAGUUCCCUCAGUGCAUUUGACCCAGACCUCCAUGAGAACCAGUACCUAGUUUACUUUAUUGUGGAGAAGGAGAUUGCCAACACCUCCAUGUCCAUGCUGUUCUCCAUUAACCCCGAGAACGGGAACCUUUACGCACUAAAGACUUUUGACUACGAAAUGGAGAAGGACUUUCUUUUCCACAUUGAGGCCAGAGACUCUGGUUCUCCUCCGCUGAGCAACAAUGUGAGUGUCCACAUCAUCAUCAUGGACCAGAAUGACAACGCUCCAGUUAUCGUAUCUCCGUGGCGAGCGCACGGCUCAAUGGUGGAGGAAAAGAUCCCCAGAUCCACAGAUAAAGGCUCCUUGGUGGCCAAGGUGAUAGCUUUGGAUGUGGAUUCUGUGCACAAUUCUCGCAUCAGCUACCAGUUCCUCCAGGUGAGCGACGCCUCCUUAUUCAGCCUGGACCAGUACAAUGGAGAGAUCCGCACCAUGAGAAUGUUUAGUUACAAAGAUUGGCGCCACCAUAGACUGAUCAUUGUUGCCAAGGAUAACGGGGAGCCCCCUCUCUCUGCCACAGUCACCAUCAAGCUGUCCACUGUGGAAACUGCUGUGAAGGCCUACUCGGACAUGACUGAGAUGCCUCUGGAAUACGACAUCUUCUCGGACCUCAACCUUUAUUUGGUCAUCGGUCUGGGUUCGGUGUCUUUCCUGCUGCUCAUUACCAUCUUGGUCACCAUCGUACUCAAGUGUCAGAAGGUUAAGCCCAGCAAAGUGGCUCCUCCCUGCAGGAACAGUGUGAUCAGUGAGAGGAACUCCACUAUUGCAGAUUCCACUCUGGUGUCCAAUGACGCCUACUGGUACAGCCUGUUUUUAGCUGAGACCAGGAAAGGAAAGCUGGUGGUCAGACAGCCUGUGCCAAAAGGAUCCAGAUACAUUGUUUCCAGUAUUCCCAGGAGCACAGGAGUCUCAGAGACUAGUGACUCCGCUCCUUCCACUCUUCAGGUAUACUGA